CCCUCUCUCACUGUCUCAUUCCCUCUCUCACUGUCUCAUUCCCUCUCUCGCUUCCCUUUACUUUUCGCGCCAUAGACUUUAAACAAUAAUAAUAAUAAUAGUCGGGGUCGGGGAGGAAGAGGAAGAGGAGGGACUUUUUUUUAUUUGUGUGCGUUUUAAAUCGCCCAGAAGGCCGUUUCCUGCCGGAGUGUGAGUGAGUGAGUGAGUGAGGCUGAGGGAUGGCGGGCAGUGAGGGCACCGCUAAGCGGCCGCUGGAGGACGAGGAUCCCAUCGUGUCGUUGGCAGAGGUUCUGGAGCAGAAUCAGGAGUUGGAGAACGAGGCGAGUGCCGUGUUGGGCGGCAGCGACUCCGACAAAUGCUCCUAUUCCGAGGGCUACGUGAAGAGACAAGCGUUGUACGCGUGUAAUACCUGCACACCAAAGGGAGGACAGCCUGCUGGCAUCUGUUUAGCUUGCAGCUACAAGUGUCACGAAGGCCACGAACUGUUCGAGUUGUAUACCAAAAGGAACUUUCGUUGUGACUGUGGGAACAGCAAGUUUAGUGAUCUGCAAUGCAAGUUCUUCCCUGAAAAAGAAAAAAGCAAUCCAGACAAUAAAUACAACGACAACUUCUUCGGGUUGUACUGUAUAUGCAAGAGACCUUAUCCGGACCCUGAGGAUGAGAUCCCCGAUGAGAUGAUUCAGUGUGUUGGGUGUGAAGAUUGGUUCCAUGGAAGGCAUCUUGGCGUUGAUCUACCAGAGAACAUUGAAUAUCAGGAAAUGAUCUGUCAGAACUGUAUGAAUAGAUGCUCCUUUCUCUGGGCAUAUGCAUCGCAAUUAGCAGUGAACAAAGCAGAGGAUCCCGAGGACUCCAGUUCAUUGACCAAACCAGAAGACGGCAUUGCUGACGGGAGUGUGGUCCAGGAAAAUGGAGAUUCCUGCAACCAGAAAGUGCUGGAUUGUGCUGUGAAGUGUGAAGAGAUGGACAAUAAACCCAGUGAACCAUCCACAAGCUGCAAAGCGGAGAACAAGCCUGAGGCAGCGAAUGGCGACGAGGCGAGCUGCAGUGUGAAGAAGGAACCGAGUGCGGCCAAUGCCAAGUGCAGUCUACAACAGUUGAAAAAGAAAGAAUUUCUCCAGAGAGAUUGUGCCAUCUACUGGCCACACAACUGGCGCAACAAGCUCUGUACCUGCCAGCCUUGCACGACCUUGUACAAAGAGCUGCAAGUCUCCUUUCUGCUGGAUGAAUCCGAUACUGUUUUAGCCUACGAGAAUAAAGGCAAAACAGCCGAGGAGACUGACGGAGAGCGGCGUGAUCCUCUGAUGACGGCUCUGAGCAACAUGAACAGAAUCCAGCAAGUGGAGCUCAUUUAUGAAUACAAUUAUUUAGAAACUGAACUGAAGGAUUAUCUCAAGAGGUUUGCGGAUGAAGGAGAGGUGGUGACAAGUCAAGAUAUCCAACGAUUCUUUGAAGAACUUCAGUCAAAGAAGCGGCGGAGAGUGGAUGGAAUGCAGUACUUUUGCAGUUAAAUUGGAGAAUAUAGUGCUCAAUCAAGAUGUGCAGAUGUGAAACAGUGGACGGUUCAGUCAGUCACAAAGGCGCUUUUAGAAAAUAAGUCGUUGUUCCAAGUGCUUUAAUUUUCCCUCUUACGAUUUCAUGUUCAGUUCUGUUAAGUGUACGGCCUCCCAUUAUCUCCAGUCGAGGAAGGAUCGUUUGAAAUUUUGGCAAAGGUGUAGGAGGCAGAGAAUAACCAGUAAAUAUGCUGAUUUUUAAAAACAAAAAGUAAGGUAUCUGGCAGAGUGAACUAACUGUACUAGAAAUGAGUAACUUGUACCAUGUAUGCACAUUAGCAGGUGCUUUUGAACUAAAUUCAUAUAGAAUAAUCUGCAACAUAUGGGACUGUUGAUUUUUUUUUAAAAAGUGUUUCUCUUUCCUGUUCAUCUGUAAAGGUAGCAGUUAUGAAAAUAAUUCAGUUUAAAAAAAAGUUCUCCCAGUAACGAGGCAUCAGCUGGUUAAUCUUUGCACUUCAAUAUUUGUACAUGUGGGGUUUGCCCUUUAAAAGCAUGCAACACGGUGGUAUUGUUGCUCAGUCGCAAGGCUGACACUCCAGUGCUGCGUGUGGGGUGGGGACUGAAGAAAAUGUUCACAAAUAUACAAUCCAUUCACUUUACAGUCUAUUCUGUGAAGCGCUUUGAGACGUCGAGAAGACCGUGAAAAGCGCUAUAUCAAAUGCGAGGGUUAUUAUUAAUGUUGCAUUGUUAAAAGCCACUGUUGAGGUGGAAGUUUAAAACUUUUCUCCCAGUAUCCUGGCCAACAAAUCCCCAGAUAAAUUGAUUAUUUACCUUACAGAAAGUGUUGUACAGAUUGGGCUCCCACUUAAAGGUGUAGUACUCGAGGGCAUAAGUGGAAUAAUCAACAUAAAUUGGUACCUUCAGGAUUUUGAUUAAGGGGAAAGAAACAAAAUCAAUCUUAGUUUCAUCCUUUUGUCAACCAAUAUGCAUUGUGGCAAUUGCUGAAUUUAUUACUGAACAAGCUGAAUCUUAUUUACUAUGCUUUAGUAAUUACUGCUCAACUAGAUUAGCUAGUCAAAGUAGUUUCUAGUAAUGUCCUGAAUGAUACCCCUUUUGUUGUGGAUAAAGACUUCACUUGAAAGUGGCUGGAUAUUCAGUCAUGGACUGGUUUACACCAUAAAAUAGAAAUAGCCUUUAACUGAUUGUUUCUCUCUGCAUUUUGGUUUAACAUACUGUGCUAGUUUACUAGGAAAAAAUGCUGUGGCAUAUGACCUUUUAAACCACAGUAUUAUCUGGUGACUUUGCUAUGAUGGCUGCAAACCCUUUUGUUAAGUCAUUUUUAAUGCAGCUUCAAUUCAAAUCUUAAAGCUAGCAGGCAGGUCUAGCACAAAUGCUUAUGUCAGAAGCCAGCUUGAAUUUGCUCUAUUAGCAAGAAUAAUGUUCACUUGUGGGAUCAUUGACUGAUGUAACUACCAAUAAAAUGUUUGGUUACUUUGG